AUCUCGGUGGUUUUUUCUUGUCUGUUGUGGUCGUCUUGCUGAUCCCUUUCGCCUUUCUGUCUGGGAGCAUGUUCAAAGUCACAUCUGGUUUGCUGUAUUUGGAGGAAGUCUGAAGAAAACUGUAUCUGCUGUACUGUAAAUGUGGACUGAUGAUUCGAAUGUGUAUGCAAAGUAUUUGUAUGGGUUGCAUUUGCAAUUAAUGUAAUUUAGCAUGCUUUCUUUGCCUCUUUGAAAAGGUACAUAAAUCUAUUCUUGCAUGCACAAAUUCCGGAUUUGUAUGCAUCCAAAUAUGGGUCAGAAUGCGGUGCAGCUUUAACAGUACUUUGAUUAUUCUUUCUUUGUUGCCCUUGCUAUAUUGGUGUGGUGUCUAGGUGAGGGAACAUAGUUUAGAUCAUUGCCUGCUUGCAAUCUGAGAAAGUGGGGGUGCAAAUGGAAAGCAACGCAAUCUUCGGGGAAUGUACAUCUGUAUGGAGGGGGAUGAUGAUGUGUGCAGUUUGAUGAUGUGUGCAGUAACCUGUAACCUGAGAUAAACUUGGAGCGAAGCUUAUUUUGGUCUCUGCUGUGCAGCUAUGUUCCCUCUCCGCUUUCUCCUUUUCGGAAGCCUGGCCAGCCUGUGCAUCUGCCAGUACUACGACUAUGACUACGAACCUGCCCCACAGCCUGUGCUGUCCACACCCCACUGUGUCCAGGAGUGUGACUGUCCUAUCAGCUUCCCCACUGCCAUGUACUGCCACAGCCGCAACCUGAAGUUCGUUCCCAUUGUCCCCAGUGGAAUCAAAUACCUCUACCUGCAGGACAACCAGAUCGAAGAGAUCAAGGCGGGUGUUUUUGACAAUGUCACCGAUCUGCGCUGGCUUGUUCUCGACAACAACAACAUCACCAGUGACAAGAUCCAGGGGGGGACCAUUGACAAGCUGGGCAGCCUGGAGAAGCUCUACUUCAGCCACAACAAGCUGACCAAGCCUCCUGGCCCUCUCUCCAAGUCCCUGGAUGAGCUGAAGUUAAUUGGCAACCAGCUCACGUCGUUCCCCUCUGGCACGCUGUCUGGCAUGGAGAACCUCACCACUGUCCACUUGUCCAAGAACAAGCUGACCUCUGAGAGCCUCGCUGGGGCCUUCAAAGGGCUAAAGUCGCUGAUGUUGCUGGAUGUGAGUGAGAACAGGCUAAGGAAGCUCCCAGCAGGCAUGCCAUCUUCCCUGCUGAUGCUCUAUGCUGACAACAAUGACAUCGACAGCAUCCCCGGUGGCUACCUGGCCAAAAUGCCCGAGCUACAAUACCUUCGUGUCUCCCACAACAAGCUGGUGGACUCUGGGAUUCCAGCAGGUGUGUUCAAUGUGUCCUCUCUCUUGGAACUGGACCUGUCCUUCAACAAGCUCCAGUCCAUCCCUGAGGUCAACGAAGCGCUUGAGCACCUGUACCUGCAAGUCAAUCAAAUUAACAAGUUUGACCUGACAAGCAUCUGCAAGUUCACUUCACCUGUAAACUACUCCAGACUGAAGACCCUGCGCCUGGACGGGAACAACAUCACCCACAGUAGCAUGCCUGCUGACUCGUCCAACUGUCUCCGCCAAGCCUCCGAGGUCAUUUUCGAUUAGGGUCGCCUCGCCAAUGUGCACAUCAGCUCUCCUUGUCAACUCCCUCCUUCAUUUGAUCUAAUCAAACAUGAAAUUUGCCAAGUUACACGCCAAUCUGUGGUUACCGAGGAUGACGUACCCUCGUACAACAUCGUAACCACGUAAACCCAAAUGUACAGUUCACCCUUUGCAUUAAGAACAACAUAUUUACUGAGAUUUGUACAUGUUUGUUUGUGCCACAGUGGUAGAAAUGUAGAGUACACUGAGAUCUACAUUUGAAAUCUUGAAAUCGAAAUCCUCGGCACAUAAAAUAUGCCAGUGUCUUGUACGAGGCACACAUGUAUUAUUCAUUUUAUGUAUUGCUAAUGUGUUAGAGGAUAGAAAAUACAUUUGUAGGUGUCUCCUUUUUUGAAGCAAACACACACUUCAAACAUUCCAAUCUCAAAUAUUUAUAUAGAUCAAAUUGCAAUACAUAGCCUCUUUUGCCCUGCAAGCUGUUGUAUAGAUUGUAUCUUUGAGUUCUUAUUAGUUGCAACAGGGCACCAUCACUGUACACUUACUGUACGCAUUGCAUUAAUAAGCCUGCAGGUAAGGAAUACUGAAUGAAAAAUGUUGGUUGACAAUGUUGACAUGUUAUAAACUAUACCUGUAUUCUAUCUCUUCUUUGUUUAGAACCUAUAUCAGUUGAACUAAAAGAGGCAUCGGAUGUAUCACUCUUUGUUUCAAAUAUCUAGAAAAUACAGGAAAGUACAGCAUUGCUGAAUAUUGCAUUAAAUAUCUUACACUUGUUUUCUUCUCAGCAGAUGGCUGAUCAUUCAAACUGCUUAAGUGUAAUAAGUAUAGUAAUAGUAAUACUGUGAAAAAUUGCUAUGCAGUUCAAACUAAAGUUUUACUUAACAGCAGCUUACUGCUCUACAAAACUGACCAUGUUUAUGCAUUAUUCUAAUUUACUUGCAUGCAAUUCAUCAUACAUUCUUUAGCAACAAAUGCUUCACUUUUUAUGCCAUUGGUAUAAACUAAUUUUACAUGUUCUAUAAAUCAUUGCAUUGUCACAGUGUCACGCUAUAUUUGAAACAAAGUUUCAGCAGCAUUGAGGAUGUACUGUUAAAAGAUGAGCAUACCUUGAUUUGUUUGUUUUUUUUUUUAUUGUGAAUUUGAAAGUAAAUAAAUACACUAAGUAAAUAAGUUCCAGAGAUGUUGUGAACUUUAA